AUGCGGAGCCUCUUUCAAGAACCAAGAAGAAGCACGCGCAGAAGCCAUUUCAACAACGACCUGGCCAAAAGAAGACGAAUGCAGCAGCGAAAAAAUUUAGUGACGAUGCUCGAAGAAGCCUAUGACUGGGAGUGUGCAGAAUUUCACGACUGGGACAGGCCGCUGAAGGAUGGAUACCUCGAGGUAGAGUCCCAGCUGGAAGCAAAGGAGAAGGAGCUCAAUACCCUGAAGGCUCAGCUGGCGGAGAGGAAUUCUGACCUUGUCCGUGUGCGGAAGGAUCGCGACGCCAAGCAGAAGGAGCUCAGCCGCCUGGACGCCCGGCAUUCGGAGGCACUGUUAGUGCUGUCGAGAGAGCACGAUGCGGCGAUGCAGAAGCAGAAGCUCAUGACACAGAACCAGGUCUCCGUCAUGAACAAAGUUUUGGAAGAGCACAAGGCCGAGAUCACCUCUUUCACGGCAGCCAGGCAGAAGGAGAAUCGCGAGCUCCAGUCGGUCCGAUUGGGGGCCACUGCUGAUCGUAUGGGCUCUGAGAUCUCUGCCGUCGUCCGCUCCGCCAACUACAAUCGCGUUGGGCCGGACGGCGAUGUCAGCGGCUCCUGA